GCAGAACUCAAAGGUCAGUGGGAUUGAAAGGAGACGAAGGCUUGAUGAGAGUAGAGUUUGGGAGCUUUAUUUGUUUCUAUUAUUGAUUUAUUUUUUGGGAGGAUGAUUAUUAUUAUUUGCCAGAGUGUGGGAAAGCUGACCUGUCAAACACGUUCUGUUAGUAAAUUGGAUGGAAAUAUGGACGGCCACACAUUAAUCGGACUUAAGUGGUAUCCAAUCCACUAAAUUAACUUUGAUGGUAUGGCUUCACCAAUUGCCAAACUUUGGUGUCACAAAGUGUAUUUCACCCCCUUUUAUGGCUUAUCCAACUCACGAGUUGCUUACCGCUGCAGGUGCAUGCCAUUUUUGGCAUUUUUCUUUUGGGUUUGCAAAAAUGAGGUCUUUGUUUGUUAAUUCUUGUAUUAUGUCGUCCCACAUGAAGGCCUGGGGUGGAGGAUGGGUUUUUGGAUUCAGUAUGUUACUCUUGUAUUUGUUUUAACGUAGUAGUAGUGUACUUCAUCUCUAUGGUAGUAGUGUUUUGGUUUGAGUUAGAGAGUAGAGACAAUAGUGUCGUACUGUAUUCUUUUUUGUAAGAUGUACUAGGG